GAAGACUAGACUUCAACCACCUAUGAGAACUUCAAAAGCCCUUCAAAUUCUCAAUUUCAUACACACAGAGGGCACACAGAGAGUUUAAUAACUAAUAAUAAAUGAAAUGGUAAAGGUAGUGUGUGUGACAGGAGCUUCCGGCUUCAUAGCUUCAUGGCUGGUUAAGCUCUUGCUUCAGCGUGGUUACACCGUCAAAGCCACCGUCAGAAACCUCCGUGAUCCCAAAAGGGUCCAACAUUUACUGGCACUCGAAGGAGCCCACGAAAGAUUACAUUUGUUUGAAGCCGACUUAUUGGAGGAAGGAUCAUUUGAUUCCGUUAUUGAUGGCUGUGAAGGUGUCUUUCACACAGCAUCACCCGUUUUUCUUAAAGUUACCGACCCACAGAAAGAAUUGAUAGAUCCAGCUGUGAAGGGAACAAUUAAUGUACUUCAAUCAUGCAAGAAAAUACCAACGGUGAAAAGAAUAGUUGUAACAUCUUCCAUGGCUUCUGUCAUGUUCAACUCUAAUUCUCUAGAGUCCGAUCUCGUGGUUGACGAAACAUGGGUUUCGGAUCCAAGCUUCUGUAUGGAAAAGGAGGAAUAUUAUGCUCUCUCAAAAACAUUAGCUGAGAAGGCUACAUGGAAAUUCGCCGAAGAAAAUGGCCUUGACGUAGUUACUUUACACCCAGGCUAUGUGAUCGGUCCUCUAUUGCAGCCAACUCUCAAUUUUUCUUCUGAGGCUCUACUGGAUCUUAUUAAAGAAGGAAAACAACUAUGGCCUAAUGGAGUGUACAGAUAUGUGGACGUGAGGGAUGUCGCUCUUGCACAUGUUUUGGCAUUUGAGAUUUCAUCUGCCCAGGGCCGAUACCUUUUGGUGGGUAGCGUGACUUAUUCAUUUGAAGCAAUCGACAUACUGAAUAGAAUUUUCCCGACUCUCAACCUUCCUCCAACAAGUACAGAGAAUCGACCUGCCAAGCCCCCUUACCAAGUGUCCCAAGAGAAAGUGAAAAGUUUGGGUCUCGAUUUCAUGCCUCUUGAGGUGAGCCUCAAGGACACAGUUGAAAGCUUGAAGCAAAAGAACUUUCUCUCCUAAAUUCAUCAUGGUAAUUGAUAUGUGAUGCUAUUUGAUUAGUAGUUGUGUUCAUGGCUGUAGCCUGUAGGUGUAUGUAUUCAUACUUGAUCUAUUCAGGCAAAUAUCAGCCGAGUGUAAUUUAAUGUUAUUGUAUGUUGAGUGUGUAAUGGAACCAAAUGAUUAAAAAAUCCUUAUGUUUAUAUUAUUUUUAAUGACAAAACCAUAAUAACAAUCAAGUAUCUCAAUGAAUUAUAAUCACAAUUAAAUAUCUUGAUAAAAUAGGAUUUUAACAAAAACAAAAUCCUUUCAAAAAUAAAACCUAAACAAAAUAGAUUUAAAUAGGUACACAAAAUAUAAACUUAUCAAUAAAGAAGAAAAGAAUAAAGAAGAUGUAAACUGUUUCAAUAAAAUUGAAUUGCAUUAAAAUAUAUUUCUAAAUGUUAUGUGAAACAAAUAAAAAAAAGUAGGGGAAGUACUAUCUUCA